CUCACUGUCUCAGUUCUGCAACAACGGAACCUAACGACAAAGUUUCACUCCACUGGGAAAACAGUGAUUUCGACAGGAUAAACAUUUUUCACUCGAAGAGUCAAACUCGCUUGCAAUAAUGCAGAUACAGAUCUAUAUCAGUGUAACUGUCUUGAUCCUGAUCCAAAAAUUCGCCUCAGAGGCUGCGAGUCGUCCGUCUCCUCCUGCGAGCGUGUCGAUUCAGUGCGACAGCUAUGGAGUCGAAGUUCGAUGGGAAUAUCCUGAUCUCGAUCAGGACGUCCAAUUCCAGGUGAAGGUGAAACACGAUUAUAUUGAAAGGAACUCUAAAAUUACACAAAAACUUACACGAAGUCUGCAUCUAAACAUAUCCAGUAUGUUGUUUAAUCCAGCAUUCAACCGCUACAUUGUGACUGUGACAGCGCUGCGAGGAGGAGAGGAGUCAGAGCCAACCCCAUCAGAUAUCUUCAGCUAUAAUAAAUAUGCUACCGCCAAUAUUAAGUGUUAUUUGGAUUUUCCUGAGGUUAAACUUUCUCCCAAAGAUGGCAAUCUUCACGUCCAGUUCAUCAACCCUCUUCAGCUGUACAGAAACUCUCCAGCUCUGCGCGGCCUAACCGAUAAUCUGCAAUACUGUAUUGAAACAGAAGAGAGGAAUGAAGCCUGUCAAACCUGUGAAAUAAAUCAAAAAACAUGCGAGACGUCCAUUGUGUUUUCUGAGUACAGGGACGAAUACUGCGUCAAUCUGACUGGAAAAAUUGGACAGAGAUUUUUCAAUCUGAGAAGCAGCUGUUUCACAGGAGACACAAGAAGCUGGUUCCCACACCUUGAUUAGCUUCAAAUUUAAGGACCUUUCAUGGACUUUCCAGGUCCAGUACCCUCAAAUUCAAGGACUUAAUGUGGGAACACAUUUCAAGUGAGAGCGAGGUUACAUCGUGUUAUCUUGUAAGAUACAUUGUUACAGUUUUCAUGUGUCAACUAUGCGCCUGUGCUCCUGUCACCUUGUUUUUCAGAACUCACAUUCACUCCACAUCUGCUUCCACAAAGAACAGCAGCUGUAAUGAUUUAAGAGACUUAACUCAGGCUUUCUGUUUUUUAUGCUUGUCUUUAUGUCCGUGUUUGUUUUAUUGGCACCUCAGGGUUUAGUCUUAACACCUGACUUAAAUUACUUCACUAAGUAUCUGAUUUGUAUUGUUGAUUUUGUUGCAUUUUUUAUGUUUGAUUUGUCUAGCUACAUAUAAUGAGCACAACACUUUCCUAUAGGUCACUUCAGUCUGCAGGCAAUGUAAUUUGUAUGAUUUUGAUUCGUUUUUGUAGCUUUAUUAAACUUCAUCAUUUAACCCUGUAUCCAAAGUUAUUGUUAGUUAAAAAUCAAACCAUAUUUUUCUUUUCACACAUUCCUGUCAUUCGUAGGUUUUUUAAAAUAUAAAUUAAUAUUCAGCAAAAAAGCAUUCCUUGCGUCAAGGCACAUCACUCCAAGAUAAUCAAAAAUGGGUAAAGAGGCGGGAGCUGGUUGCCAAAACCAUGCCCACCUAGCACAACAAUCCACCUGUCAGUCAAGUGGCCACACCUAUAAUUAAUGCAGAACUUUAAGGCCUAAUAUGAUUUAAAUGGAUGAGUUAUAAAAAAAAGAAAAUUCACCCCCCUCACAGUUUUCAUGAAGGGUAAAAUUAGCUAUAUAGACCAAAAUCAUUUAUUGAACCUGUAAACAUGUUUUUUUCUGCUGUAAAGUUGGUCAUUUUAACAUGGGGAGUCUAUGGGAUUGACUCCGUUUUGCAGCCAGCCUCAAGCGGCCAACUGAUGAACUGCAGUUUUAGUCACUUCCGUUUUGGUUUCACGAGAGAGGAGAGAAGGUUGCCACUUGAUUAAUGCACAUUUUAAAAUUGGAUGUUUAUUUUUUUUUUUUAUCAAAAUUUGUUUCAAUGUAAGAUUAUAAAACAUAAAAUAACCUGUAUAGCUCUUUUGUCCUUCAUUAUCAAUCAUAUAGUCUUUUCUUAUUCAUUACUUUUUGAGUUGUUUAGAAAUGCCUGUGCCAAAAAAAAAAACAUCAACUGGGUACGGUUAGAGACUGGAUUCAGCCUUUUAGUUUAUUUUUUAUGUACUUCUCAGAAAUGGGCUUUAUGUACUUCUCAGAAAUACACUUAAAAUUACAUUUAAGUAUACUUGACUUAUAUUUACAAAAAGUCUAAUAAAUAUAUUUGAGCUAUA